AUGGCGAAUGAAGGUGCAGCUAAUGUGAAUCCGAAUGCCGAGAUUGUGAGAGGACAGGUGUUCGAAGUCGGCCCCAGGUACACCAAUCUCUCGUACAUGGGCGAAGGCGCCUACGGGAUGGUCGCAAGGAAUUAUUUACAAUCGUUACCGUACAAACCCAAGGUACCCUGGACUUGUUUGUUCCCCAAUGCAGAUCCACGAGCGCUGGAUUUGCUUGAUAAAAUGCUGACGUUUAAUCCUAAUAAGAGGAUUGUUGUUGAAGAUGCACUUGCACAUCCCUACCUCGAGCAGUAUUAUGAUCCCGCUGAUGAGCCUGUAGCGGAAGAACCAUUCAGAUUCGAUAUGGAGCUAGAUGAUCUUCCAAAAGAAGUUCUAAAGCAGUAUAUAUUCGACGAGACCGCACAGUUCGCUGAAAACCACCGGGAUAAUCCAAUGUAG